GGCUACUGUCAUAACCCUCUUUCUUUAUCUUUGGCUGGCCAAAUCAUGGAAAAAACUGAUGAAGUCUUGGUGUCGAAUGGAUAAAAUUAUGAAUAUCAACUAUGGAUACCCCGAAGGAUUGGAUAGAAGGCUACAAAUAUCCUCACUGAUUUUCAUGUUACUAGGAAUCAGUGAUUAUUGUUUGGGUGUAUAUAGCCGUUAUAAUACACUAACUACAAAAUUUGGAAAUACUUAUGACUAUCAAAAAUAUUACGUUGAAACAUUUCCUCAACUAUUCAACAUUGUUCCGAUUAAUAUAGUGACUGCAGGAUAUUGUUCAAUGAUUAUAGUUUAUGCUACUCUCAUAUGGACUUUCAAUGAUUUAUUUAUAAUCAUGAUGAGUAUGGCGUUAGCUAUGAGAUUCAAGCAGGUGACCCAAAAAAUUGUUGAGAACAUCAACAAGGCGAAGUCAGAACAGUUCUGGAUAGAGAUACGAGUAGAUUACGACAGACUGAGCAUAAUAUGCAAAGAAUUGGAUGAUCACAUUUCCUGUAUUGUACUUUUAUCGUAUACUUUAAACAUAUUCUUCCUAUUGGAUAAAGUAUACAAAAGUUUGGAGUUUGUUUCGGGAAUGGUGGAACGAUUGCAUUUCAUAUUUUCGUUCUUAUUCUUGAUACUGAGAGUAGGUUCUGUCUCUCUUUAUGGAGCUUGGAUAAACGAUGAGAGUGUUGAGUCUGCUAAUGUUCUCAACUCCGUUCCAUCUGACUCGUAUAACAUCGAGAUCAAACGUCUCUUGAUACAAAUAAACUUCGAUAAUGUGGCUUUGACAGGAUGUAGGAUGUUCAAAGUGACCCGGGGGAUAAUUUUGAGUAUUGCUGGUGCUGUGGUAACAUAUGAACUGGUACUUAUACAGUUUAACGCAGCUACCAAUGUUAAGAUUCUUCAUAAUUGA